AUUAAACGUUGUCUGCAGUAGGUUUGCCUGACAGGCUAAACUCAGGGUUUUAUAACCAACCAUUUAAUGCGCGCGUGAUUUUGAGUUUAAGCGCUUCUUUGUUUUGCUAACGCUUGUUAGCGCUUAAACAGCUUAUCCAGCGGUUUUAGUACGAGUGUCUACAAAUGUUCGUGUAGGUUUUUUGCAGAACUGGUUCAAAAAGAUGUUCAACGAAGUUUAAAUCGGAGCAGGCUCCAAAGGAAAGAAACAACUGUUGAUAAAUAGUAGUUGCGUGAGAAUCGAAUUCUUGGAUAUUUUUUGCUGUUAGCUAACGUAGCCAAGACGAAUGGACAUAGAACACCCUGCUCUAAGAAGACCAAAGAGGAAACUCUGCUACUUUACAAAGAAGGAAAGCCCAUCUAUCAAAUGUUCAGGGAAGGUGACUUCUGGAGACGUUGAUCGGAUGUUUGAUGACUUAGAGUUUACUUCAGAUGAAGAUUUUGAUGUUCUUCUUCCAUGUCCAUUGAACCAGUCCCAUGAAUCACAGAGAGGUCUAAUUCAGAGCAAGGCUCCAUCAGUCCCACAACAAGGUCACCAACCUGAAACAUCAUGUCAGGUGGUUGCUAUAAGCAAGGGCCUGCAUUCUGCAAAAAAAACAGCCAGUCAAGAGAUAGACGUGGGUAUAGACAGCCAUUUUAAAAAGUAUAGACCAGUGAUGAUGUCCAGUCCUAUUGAAGGAAAUAUGGGCGAAGAUCAUCAAGACCAUGAAAAAGUCCAAGUUGUUUCUCCAGUUCUCCUAGACACUGAAGACAUUCCAAGGGACAAUCCAGCUGCAGUGCCCAAGUCCAUUCACAAACAGUUGAGCAGCAACAUCAAAGAACAGAGUUCUGAUUACUCAGAGAUGGAGUCUCCUCCCAGCAAGGUUGUAUUCAGGAAGUCAAAGAUAUGUAAUCAGAAUAUACAAGGAAAUGAGAAGUCAUCCGUGUCAGUGCUGAGUCAAGAGCCUGAAACACAAGCAACAGAGAAAAAUUUGGAAAGUGGGCACAGGCAGUAUCCUCAGGCAGUGAUGUGUAGCCAUGUGAGAAAGGAGGGGUCCACUUUCUUACAGAAGCUCAGAGAUGCUAGGCAGCCCAAACCUUCAUGUUCUAGGAAGUCAGUGGUGCCAGUAAAACAACCCAAUGUGCAGCCUGAUACAGAGGAUAUCUUUCUAAUUCUGGAGGAGGAGGCACCUUCUCUUUUUUCCAUCCCUAAGUUAUUGAAAGAGACCAAAGGUUCCACUGUUGAUGAAGAAAAAUCAUCAGACAAGCAGACAAAAGACAGGCAACCAGUGAUACCACGAGAACAGCAACAGUCAGAAAAAGCUACAGUCAAGCGAGGAUGUCAGGCUGUCAGUCAGAAGAAGACAAAGAGGAAAGGGAAGAGAGAGGACUUGGACAUCAGUGCAGUGUCCACAGCACAAAGGAAUAGCGUGAAAACAAGAAUAACUGAAAAUAAUGCGGAGAAAUAUGAAGUGCCUACCACUGAAGACCUUCCUGCUUGCAACUUAAUAGAACUUGAUAAUUCAAGCAAAAUGGUGUUGCAGCAUCCCAAGAUCUCAUUUAAAGAUGGUAAUAAGUUAGAUGGCCAAAAUUUUGACAGAACCAGCCAUGAAAUGAACAAGGAAAAAUCCACUGUGGAAGUGGAAAAGGAAGCUCCAAAGUCAUUUCAAGUGAGGACAGCAAAAGAAAGUAAAGUCAAAGCAACGUUAAGAAAGCCUAAAUCAGUAAAGAGGACCCAAAAAGAAAUCCAGACAUCUGGUGCAGUCAAGGAGAGUGUCCUUGCUGAAAGUCUUGAGGAACAAUGUCAGGAGCAACAUCUUGAGAAGCAGGCAGAUGCUGAAGACCAGUGUUCACCUCCAACCAAAGAAAAAAUUGUUUUGGCAAAGGGGAAGGCCAAGAAGAGCAAAUUGUCUGCUGGUUCUGGAGCAAGUUCAUCUGAAGAUGACCAGGUGUUUGGAAAAAGGAAAAGAAAACCACCUGGACAGUGGUGGAUGAGCGGGCAUCAGGAGGAAACAAAGAUAAAAGACAACCAUCUUUUAAGCAACAUGUCUAAAAAGAACAUUGAAGUGCAGGCAGUUGAAGCAUCUUCACCUGGCACUUUUAAGAAACAGCCACAAAUUAAGAAAGCCAGCUGUGACCUUGACAAAGAAAAUCCCAAUCUGGAAGUGGAUAAGAAAGCUAUAAAAUCUUCUCCAGUGAAGAGAACAAAAUCCUCAAAAGAAAAAGAAAAUGUAAAAACAAGCAAGGCUAAAUCAUUAAAGAAAACAAGAAAACAGUUUCAGGCGUCUGAUGCCAUAAAGGGGAUUUCCUGUGUCGAAACUCCUGAGGAACAACAACAGGGUGGGAACAUGAAGGGGAAUGCAGACGAUGAUGAUGAUCAGUGCCCUCCUUCAGCUGAAGAAAUAUCUGAAGCACAAGCAGCAAAGGGUUUAUUAAACGUAAAACCCGAGCCAAGUUCAUUUAAAGAUGACCAGGUGCUGAGCAAAAGGAAAAGAAAACUGCCAGGACAGUGGUGGCUGAGCAGCUCUCAGAGCGCCGACGAAGCAAAGGGAACAUACAACCAGCUUUUAGUUAAGAAGUCCAAAGAGAAUCUUAAAACGCAGAGAGCAGCAGGAAGGUUGCCUGUCAAGGUUGAGAAGGAUGCUGUUUUAAAGAAGAGAAAUCAGAAGCAGACUGAGCCUUCAACUCAAAGCUCAACACUUAAAGAAAAGAAAAAUGAUGUGAACCUGAUGGAAGAGCAGGAGCAGCAAGACAUCCAGGAACACAGUCAUCGCGAUCAUGGUCUUCAACCAGUUUUUCCAAGAGAAUACCAUUAUAUCUCCAGUAAGAAACUGUGUGGAACACCAGCCUCUCAUAGAAGAACUCAGGAGCAGGUGAAGGUGCGUGAGAAACGGAUCAGGAAACCUCCCUGUAACUGGUGGCAGGCUGAUGAUGGUGAGGAUAUUGAGAGCGUGUCUGCGCAGCCUCAGCAGACUAAAGCUAAGGAGCGCAAACCUCACAAGGAAACAAAAAGGCAUUUGAAACAAAACGGGUCUCCUGCACCCAACAUGGCGAGCUCACUUGGAGGAUCUCCUGAACUCCCUCUAAAGCAGAAAUCCAUGUCAGGUUUGAAGUCUGUAAAACGUUGUUUGGCCGCAUACAAGAAAAUUUUCUCCUCAGGCGCAGGAAGCCCUGCAGUGGCCAAUAGCAGAGGCAUACAUCAGAAAUACAAUGACAUCACCGGGGGCCCUGAUAAGGAUUUUAUACAGAUCCACGUCUUUGAGGAUGCUGGUGAAUCCAGAAUCACAGAGAAUUGCCCUUCCAACAAGGAGUUUCUUCAGAAUGAAGAGAUUGGAUCACAGAGCCUUUCCCUCACAAGUGGGCCAUGCUCUCUGACAGAGCUGCAACAUCAUCAAGAAAUGGAUGUUAUGAUUUCAGUUCUUCCGUCAUCCAGACUUGCCUUUGAUGCGCUGUGCGGUCCUCCUCUCAAACGACUGGUGUUGCGGGACGACGAUAAGGCCAACGUGGCAGAGUGGUUGAACCAUCUGUGGGCAAGCACUAUUAACAAUGGAAGUGAAAUUACUCUGGAUCAUUUUGACUGGUACACCUACCAGGGCAGAGCUAUUGGCUUCCAAGUGGAUUUGUACUAUGAUUCCUUCUGUAAUGGAAAGAUCCUGCUGGGUUCCCACGCGAAGAAGCCUCUCUGGGUUGAUCACACUGCUACAACAGUGUAUAAUGUGUUCACCAGCUCUGUCAAAGUAACCAUCAACUGCCAAGAGUCCUGUUACAACCCAGGACAGUCCUUCGUGGUGCCAUGUGGAAACGCCUACAGCAUCCAGAACCUUGCUGCUAUGCCUGCAGUGCUGUACUUCAACAGGAUGCUUGCGGAAAGUCCAUAAUGAAGUUAUCAGGUGGAUUUGACCUAAUUACUUUUAAAAGGAAAGUUUGCAAAAGUUUCAAUAGUUGAACAGUUCAGUUUAAUAAAUUAACAAUAAAGAUGUAAAUAAUACAAGCUUGUAAAUUUCACGUUUCAUCGAAAGCUGUUCGUCCAGUGAGGAAUUAGAUCAUCAUAAUACGGUGAGCAAUGCAUUCUAUGCUUUUCAAUUCGUGAAUAGUAUGGUGAAAUUUGCACUGUUUUUGGCAGCUUGUUUCAGUUAUACAUAGGCCAGUGCUCAGUUGCAGACAACACUUGUGGUGCACAAGCUGGUUAAGCUUCACUUUAGCAUCAGUUAAAUGUGUUCAGGUGUCAAUGUGACAUGUUUCAACUGAAGGCAAAUGUGUUAUAUGUUUAUAGCAUGCAAAACAAUAUGCUGGUAAUUUUGUUGGUAUUAUAAACAAGUAUCAGAUGGAGUUGGUAGCCCCCAGACAUAGGCUUUGAAUGUGAAAGAAACUGACAGAACAUUUAAUUUAAAUUUGUCAAUUGAUCUGGUGCCUCAAGGGUCACCUUUAAUUUCAUUUUCUUCAGUCAUGAAUACAAACAGUAUGGUGGAUCUAUUUGGAAUAGGCAGUUCCCAAAAACUGAGUGACUA